AUGAUCAUGCGUAAUCUCGGUGUUCUCGGUAGUUUGCUGACCAAUCGUUCGUUUUGUACGAACAAAUCAAAUGUGUUGGUGUACAAUUAUAAAACCAAGACUAAAGAACCAUUGAAAUGUAACAAGCUUCUGACAUGGUACGUGUGUGGUCCCACGGUAUAUGACUCAAUGCAUAUUGGGCACGCAAGCUGUUACAUUAAGUUUGACAUUAUCAGAAGAAUUUUGGAGAACUAUUUUCAAUUGUCUGUUUUUCAAGUAAUGAACAUCACCAAUGUGGACGAUAAAAUUAUUUCAAAAGCACGUGCCUUAAACAUAGACCCACUUAAAUUAGCAAGGAAUUACGAAGUAGAAUUUAUUGAAGAUAUAAAUUUGUUAAACAUAAAACAACCAGAUAUUAUAGCAAGAGUGACUGAUUUUAUUCCUCAAGUCUUAAAUUUUAUUCAGAACCUAUUCGAUAAAGAUCUAGUCUAUUCUGCAGAUGAUGGUUCAUUGUUCUUUGAUACAACUAAGUAUACAAGAUAUGGAAAAAUGGUUAAAGUGCCUGAAAUUGUACCCCAUAUGUUCAAAAAAAGUAACUUAGAUUUUGCACUGUGGAAAGCAACAAAACCAGGUGAACCUUCAUGGGAUUCGUCUUGGGGACCUGGAAGACCGGGAUGGCACAUUGAAUGUUCUGCUAUUGCUAGUCAUUAUUUUGGAUCCAGUGUUGACAUACAUUCUGGAGGAAUAGAUUUGCUAUUUCCACAUCAUGAAAACGAAGAAGCUCAAUGCUGUGCAUAUCAUAAUGUUGAUGAUUGGGUCAAACAUUGGAUACAUACAGGGCAUUUACAUGUAGGAGAUAAUAUUAAAAUGUCAAAAUCGUUAAUGAACACCAUCAGUGUUAAAGAACUACUCAAUUCAUAUACUGCUAAUCAAUUUCGAACACUAUGUUUAUUAUCAAAUUUCAAAAAUGAUUUGGAAUUUAAUGAUAGUACAAUGGACGUAGCCUGUGGAGUGUUAAAAAAAUUGGAUUCUUUCAUUGCUAAUUGUUAUGCUCAUUUAAAUACUUACAACAGUAAGCAUAUUCCUGAUAUCACAUUACUAAAAAAAAUAAGUGACAUUGAAAAUGAUAUAUUAAUCAAUCUAGCAGAUAAUUUUAAUACAUCAAAAGCUUUAAAUUUACUUAUUGAGCUUAUUAGCAUAUUCAAUAAAUUACUUACAGUGGACUUUCAUUUUAAUUGUUCAAAAUUGGAAGUGAUUCAGGCAUUAAAUUUAGUAGUUAAAACAUUGGAGUCAUUUGGAAUUGAUUUAUCUAGAUCAAAGUUCAAGUCUGAUGCUGAAAAUAGUUUAGUUAUUGAUAUUACAGUAAAUUUUAGAUCAAAACUUAGACAGUUAGCAUUACAAUCAAAGUCUGGGAUUAGCAAACAAGAAAUAUUUGAACUUUGCGAUAAUUUGAGGGAUGAGCUUUCUUUAGCCAAUAUUAUUGUACAAGACUCUAAGAUAUCAUCAAUAUGGAGGCAUGAAAAAAUACAAGCCAAAAAAAAUUAA